AUGGAUCAUACUACUAUUCAAUUAAUGGAAGAUAUUACAUUAGAAGGAAAUUUGGAGAAAGAUGUCAAAUCAGGAAGAAAUAAAGAAAAAAGUAAUAAUUUCCAUGGUUCAGAUAAAUUUAAAGUUGAAAUGCAAACUUUAAGAAUGUCAGAAGAAUCUGAGCGACAACUUUUUGAUACUUUGAAACAUAUUUAUGGUUCGAGUUUUAAACUUUCCAAUGCGUCAGAAUUUGAAGAUAAGAAAUCAAACUUAAGCAAACAAUAUUGGAUGGAAAGAGGUAACUUAGUUAUUAAAGAAAUAGUUGAUUAUUCUUCUAAGGAUGAUAAACCUAAUACUCAAAAACAAAUCGUUAGACAAUUUGCUACAUCUAAACUUACAAGUUAUGGUUUUCAUCAGUCACAUUGUGUUGAAGCAUUAAUGCAUGCAGAAGAUGAUGUGGGAAAAUCUUUAGAAAUUUUAUUUUAUAAAUAUUAUGGGCUUGAAAAUAUUCCAAAGAAUAAGAUACUUGAUGAUAUUGAUGUCACAGAUUUAUUAGAAAAGCAACAGGAAGAAAAAGAAGCACUUGAAUCUAUUUAUGGAGAUAUGUUUAUUGAAGUAAUAAGAAAUCGGAUUUGGAUAGUAAAUGUUGAAUUGGACUAUUUAGUGAGAAAUGAUGAAAUAGAAAAGGAAAUCAGAACGGUCAAACAACAACCAAAGAAAGAAAAAGAGAAAGAAGUUUGUAAAUUUUUUCUUCGUAAGACAUGCAGAUUUGGUAAUAAAUGUAGAUUUUCGCAUCAGCAACCACAAGCAUUAAAAAUGGAAAAGGAACAUCCAUACUUUACUUUGGAAAUAAGAUUUCCUGAAGGUUGUAAAUAUCCAUAUGAACCACCAUAUUUCUAUUUUUAUAAAGAGAUUGGUACAUUUCCUAGUAUAAAAUGCUUAAGAAUAGCAAGAAGAUUGUACGACGAAGCAUUAUCGUUAUCCGCAGAUGGAACUCCUUCUAUCUUUUCAGUAAUAUCUCUUCUGGAGAAUGAAUACGAAAUAAAAGAAUAUUUAGAAGAAAAUAAAGAACAGUUUCUAGAUCAAAGCGAAUUACUGUUUCCAAAGCAAUUGGAAAAUGAAAAUAUUGUACAUGGGGUUACACAUCAUGAAUUAGGUUCUAUUAGUAGAAAAAAUAGAGAUAACAUUACAUGGGAAGAGACAUUAAAAAAAGAUGAUAUUAUCCAAGAAAGUUUUAAAGAAAGACAAACAAACCACAGAUACAAAAAAAUGCAAGAAAUCCGAAAAACACUGCCUGCUUGGUCUAAAAUGGAUAACAUUUUAGAAGUGAUAUAUAAAAAUCAGGUUACUAUAAUUUCAGGUGAAACAGGAUGUGGUAAAAGUACACAGGUACCACAAUUUUUAUUAGACAAUUGGAUUCUUAAUAGAUCGAAGUCUAAAGAACAUAUUAAUAUAAUAUGUACACAACCUCGAAGAAUAAGCGCAGUAGGAGUUGCUGAAAGAGUUGCAUCAGAAAGAGAUGAACAAAUAGGUGACACGAUAGGAUAUCAAAUUCGAUUAGAGAGUAAAAUUUCCAGCAAAACGAGAUUAACAUUUUGUACAAUUGGAAUUUUGUUACAAAGAUUAUCUGUUAAUCCAGAAUUAUCCGAUGUGACACAUAUUAUUGUAGACGAAGUUCAUGAAAGAAGUGCAGAAAGUGACUUCCUACUGAUGCUUCUAAAGGAAUUAUUAUCUAAAAAUUCGAAUUUAAAAGUAAUACUCAUGAGUGCAACGCUUAAACCAGAAAUCUUUUCUUCAUACUUCAAAGAAGCUCCUAUUUUACACAUUCCAGGAAAAACAUUUCCUGUAGAGCAAAUUUUUUUGGAAGAUGUAUUUGAAAAAAUAAAUUAUAUACUUGAGGAAAAUUCAAAAUUUACACGUAAAAUUAGAGGUGACUGGAUGCAAUUGCAAACAGAUUUAGAAAUUGCAGAAAUUGAAGGUCCUACUGCUCCUGCACCCAGAGAAUUCGUUCAGGAUGAAAGUUUAUCAUUAAUACAGAUUGUCUCUAGAUAUUAUGAUUACAACAAACAAACGCAUAAAAAUUUAUAUGUUAUGGAUCAUGAUAGAAUAAAUUUUGAACUUAUAGAGGCAACAUUAGAAUGGAUUAUUUUUGGAGACCAUAAUUAUCCAAAAACAGGUUCCAUUUUAGUAUUUUUACCUGGAUUUGCUGAAAUUAUUUCAUUAAAAGAUUUGUUGAACGAGAAUCAGCAACUUUCACCAAAAACUGGAAAAUUUAUUGUUAUACCAUUACAUUCAUCUUUAUCAAAUGAGGAGCAAAAUUUAGUUUUUAAAAAAACUGGAAAUGUUAGAAAAAUUGUGCUAAGCACUAAUUUAGCUGAGACAUCUAUUACUAUAGAUGAUUGUGUAUUUGUAAUUGAUAGUGGGAAAAUGAAGGAGACUAGAUUCAAUUCAAAUCAAAACAUAGAAAGUUUAGAAACAUGCUGGGUAUCGCGAGCAAAUGCAGUACAAAGAAAAGGUCGUGCUGGCCGUGUAAUGCCCGGAAUUUGUAUUCAUUUAUAUACUUCGUACAGAUUUAAGUACCAGUUUACAGCCCAAUCAGUACCUGAAAUAUUAAGGAUUCCGUUAGAACCUUUAUUACUACGUAUCCAACUUUUACAUAAAGGGAAAAAAGUAGACUUUCACAAAAUUUUAGGUAAAAUGAUAGAGCCAUUAACAACUGAAAGUAUUUCUAAUGCAAUCAAACGUUUACAAGAUGUUGGUGCAUUUAAUUCUGAAUAUACAUUGACACCAUUAGGCCAUCACCUUGCGAUGCUGCCUGUAAAUAUACGGAUUGGGAAAUUAAUAUUAUUUGGAGCAAUAUUUUGUUGCCUUGAUUCUGCACUUACUAUUGCAGCUUAUUUAUCUUAUAAAAAUCCAUUUAAUAUACCAUUUGAUAAAAGACACAAAAUUGAAAUUAAAGAAGAAUUUAUUACAGCUAAUUCUGAUCAAUUAACUAUUCUUAAGGCUUAUAAGAAAUGGUUGGAAUCAUGUUCACGCAGUAAUAAUGCAGGACAAGUUUUUGCUAAUGAAAAUUAUUUAUCUGUGCGUACAUUGCAUACUUUGGCAGAUAUGAAGUAUCAAUUCUUAGAAUUAUUAGUUUCGCUUGGAUUUAUUCCUAUUGAUUUACCUAAACGGCAGCCGAACAUCGAUAAAAUUUUGGAAAUUACUGGAUAUGAACUUAAUGUCAACAAUGACAAUUAUAAACUUCUACAAGGUUUACUUUGUGCAGCUCUUUAUCCUAAUGUAGUUAAAGUUUUUACUCCUGAAAAAUCCUUUCAAGUACAAUCUGUUGGAGCAGUACCAAUGCAGCCAAAGCCUAAGGAACUUAGAUUCCAAACUAAAAAUGAUGGUUUUGUCAAUAUUCAUCCAUCUUCUGUCAACUUCCAUGUUGGUCAUUUCCCUAGUCCAUAUCUAGUAUUUCAAGAAAAAAUUAAGACAAGCAAAGUAUUUAUUAAAGAAGUUUCAAUGGUACCACUUUUACCAUUAAUUUUAUUUUCUGGCUAUGAGUUAAAUGUAGAGCUACAUAAUGGAAUAUUUAUUGUGUCAUUAGAAGAUGGUUGGAUUUUACUCAGCGUUGAAUCACAUAGGGUGGCCCAACUUUUACAAAGAGUAAGAAUGGAAUUGUCUAAAUUAUUGGAACAAAAGAUGAAAGAUCCUCUUUUAAAUCUUUUAAAUUAUCAAAAUGGAAAAAAAAUUAUACAGACAAUUGUUAAUGUAAUAACAAGAGAAUAGAAUGUAAUAUAUUAUAAAUGUAUUUAAUACUAAUUAUGUGCUUAUAAAAAAAAUGUUGUGAUUAU